AUGCUACAUUAUAUUAUUAAAGUAGUGUUUAUUGUCUGGGCUUGCGAGACUGGCAAGAAUGAAGCCCAAAAGAUCGGUACUACCAUUUACGACGUACAUAAUAGCAUAAGAGAUAAGCAAAUUAAAAAAGAGUUACAACUUUUUUCUUUACAAAUACUGCAUUGUAAAAAUACAUUUUUGACAAAAGGUCUGACUAUGGACGCGACGCUUCUCGCAACAAUGGUGGGUAGCAUUACGACAUACAUGUUAAUUUUAAUACAAUUUUUGAUCGUGACACAUUCUUGCGAUGGAAAUCUGUAA